AAUGUAGGAGAGAAAAUGAAGACUAAAACUAUCUAUUUUCUGUUCCUGUGUUUAGAUGAGCUGUUCCUCAUUCAUCAGCUGAAAUGUGGCCUAAAGAAGAAGUAUCAAUGUGUGUUUGAAGGAAUAGCGAAGCAAGGUGACUCCACACUCCUGAAUAACAUCUACACAGAUCUCUACAUCACUCAGGGUGGCAGUGAACAGGUCAAUACUGAACAUGAGGUGAGACAGAUUGAAGUUGCUUCCAGACGUCAUGAAGCACAAGAGAUACAGGUUGAAUGCACACAUUUGUUUGAAGCGCCUGAACAAGACGAGGAGAUCCGAACUGUACUGACAAAAGGAGUCGCUGGCAUCGGGAAAUCAGUCUCUGUGCAAAAGUUUGUUCUGGACUGGGCUGAAGGAAAAGAAAAUCAAGAUAUCAGCUUCAUAUUUCCUCUUCCAUUCAGAGAGAUGAACUUAAAGGAGAAAGAAAAACUAAGUUUGAUGGACCUUAUAACUCAGUUUUUCCCAGAGACAAAAGGACUGAACCUUACAAGAAGGAAUCAGUUCAAAGUGCUGUUCAUCCUUGAUGGACUGGACGAAUGUCGCCUUCCCCUGAAGUUUUAUUGUAAUGAGACGUGGCGUGAUGUAUCGUCACCAGCCUCUCUGGAUGUUCUCCUAACGAACCUCAUGAAGGGAAAUCUGCUUCCUUCUGCUCUCGUCUGGAUCACCAGCAGACCAGCAGCUGCCAGUAAGAUUCCUCCUGACUGUAUCGACCGGCUGACAGAGAUACGAGGAUUCAGCGACGCACAAAAGCAAGAGUACUUCAAAAAAAGAUUCAAGGAUGAUAUUCAAGCCAACACAAUCAUAGAUCAUGUUAAACAAUCAAAGAGUCUCUUUAUCAUGUGCCACAUCCCAGUCUUCUGCUGGAUUUCAGCCACUGUUCUCCAGAACAUUCUGGAGGAGAAGAGAAAUAAUGAUGUGAAAAACACUCAGGCUGAUGAGAUCUCUAAAACACUGCAGGAAUCAAACACUGAAGACACUCCCAAGACUCUGACACAAAUGUACACACACUUUCUCCGCUUUCAGAUCCAGCAGAGCCGCCGGAAAUAUGAUGGAGAAUACACACCAGAUGUUUCCUGGGAUAAAGACGCCAUCCUUUCACUGGGGAAACUGGCAUUUCAUCAGCUGGAAAGAAACAACCUGAUCUUCUAUGACACAGACCUGGAAGCCUGUGGUCUUGACGUCUAUAAGGCAUCAGUGUACUCCGGCAUGUGUACCCAGAUCUUUAAGGAGGAAACAGGGAUCGUUCUUGGUACCAUGUACUGCUUUGUUCACUUGAGCAUUCAAGAGUUUAUUGCAGCCCUUUAUGCACAUCUGUUUCUAGACAUCAACAAGACAAGUGUGUUUGAUCAUGAGUCUACAGAACAGGAAAACAGAAAUGAAACCAUGAUUGAUUUUCUCAAGACUGCAGUGGACAAGGCGCUGGAGAGUGACAAUGGACACCUGGACCUUUUCCUUCGCUUCCUCCUCGGUCUGUCACUCCAGUCCAAUCGACGACUCUUACGAGGUCUGUUGACACAGCGAGACGGCACUGACCAGAGCAACAAGGAGAUAGUUCAGUACAUCAAGCAGAAACUAGAAGAUAAUCUUCCUGCAGAGAGAUCCAUCAAUCUGUUCUACUGUCUGAAUGAACUGAACGACCAAACUCUGGUGAACGAGAUUCAGAUCCACCUUAGCAAAGGAAGUCUCUCAUCUGGUGACCUUUCACCUGCCCAGUGGUCUGCUUUAGCCUUUGUGUUGUUGACAUCAGAGGAAGAGCUGGAGGAGUUUGAGCUUCAGAAAUUCAAGAAAUCAGACGAGUGUCUCAUUAGAUUAUCGGCAGUCAUCAAAACCUCCAAAACAGCCCUGUUAAAUGAUUGUAACUUAACAGACAAAAGCUGUUCAGAUCUGGCUGCAGUUCUUGGAUCCGAUACCAAUCUGAAAGAGCUGAACAUGAACAAUAAUAAUCUGCAGGAUUCAGGAGUGAAGCUGAUCUGCACUGGACUGAAGAAUAUAAAGUGUAAAUUGGAGAUACUGAGGUUAAGCUGCUGUGAUAUGACAGAUGAAGGUUGUUCUGAUGUGACUUCAGCUCUGAAAUCAAACCCGUCACACCUGAGAGAGCUGGACCUGAGCAGGAAUAAACUAGGAGACUCUGGAGUGAAAAACCUCAGUGAUCUACUGAUGAACCCACAAUUCAAGCUGGAGAAACUACAGUUAGUGUCAUUAUACUGUACAGCAAUUACAGUUCUGUAUAGAUGCAGUAUUACAGAGAAACAGAGUCUCAUCCUGACUUCAGCUCUGAAAUCAAACCCGUCACACCUGAGAGAGCUGGACCUGAGCAUGAAUAAACUAGGAGGACUCAGGAGUGAAGCACUUAUGUGCCGUACUGAAGGAUUUCACACUGUAAAACUGGAGAGAUUGAGGUUAAGAUACUGUGAUAUGACAGAUGAAGGUUGUUCUGAUGUGACUUCAGCUCUGAAAUCAAACCCGUCACACCUGAGAGAGCUGGACCUGAGCUGGAAUAAACUAGGAGACUCUGGAGUGAAAAACCUCAGUGAUCUACUGAUGAACCCACAAUUCAAGCUGGAGAAACUACAUCUGAGUUAUUGCAGUAUUACAGAGGAACAGAGUCUCAUCCUGACUUCAGCUCUGAAAUCAAACCCGUCACACCUGAGAGAGCUGGACCUGAGCUGGAAUAAUCUAGGAGACUCUGGAGUGAAAAACCUCAGUGAUCUACUGAUGAACCCACAAUUCAAGCUGGAGAAACUACAUCUACAGUACUGUGGCAUUACAGAUGUUUCUUCUUUAACUCAGUCUUUGACUAACUCAAAAGCACUGCAGUUUUUAAAAGAGCUUGAUCUGAGAGGCAAUAAGAUCGGAGACUCACAGCAGCGGCUCAGAGACGAGCUACGAGACUCAAACUGUGUCCUGAGAGUAGAUUAAGAUCGAUCGGCAAACGACAGUGGAUUUACAUCAUAGUUUAAAUCUGUGAAACGGAGAUGAGAGGAGCAGAAACCAUCAGGUGAUCCACAGAAGAGUCUCACUGCUGUCUAUGAGGAGAAAUACAUGUGUAAAUGUGUUUCAUACAGGUGGAAGAGACUCAGACUUCACUAUUAAAUAAAGCAGCGUGUGUGUUAGCAUGCGUAUUAGAA